AUGCACAUGAGGCAGGAGGAGGCGGCAAAGAAGCUGGGCAUAUCAGUGACGGCUCUGAGGAGUGCAAGUAAGAAGCUGGGCAUCCACAAGUGGCCAUACUCGCGAAGCUCUGGCGACGAUUCGAGUCACGAGGUCGCCGAGUCGGACAGUGGCGGCCCCUCAACAUCUGCUCCUUCCUCCAUGAACGCUGCACCAUCGAUCUUCACGCCCGCCAUGACGAUCCUGUCACCGGCAGCGUCGCAAGACAGCGCAAGCUACCAUCAACCCAUGGCGGUGUGCGACUGGCCUUCUACAACAGCAGACGUGGAUAGUCCUAGUGUCUCGGAGGUCAACCAUGAGGCUAGUUAUGGACUUCAUCCUAACUUGUGCCUUGACGACGAGGGAGGUCACCUGUCCCCUCGCUACAUCAACUGGUUCGUUCAGAUGUCGGACGGGGAGAGCGAGGAGUUCUCGUUCUACUUGCGGCAGGAGGCGUCAAUGAUGACUUGA